AUGGCUACCUUGCAAGCGAAGUCACCAGGAUCCACAACCCCCCGGGCUGCUGAAAAUGCUGAUAUCGAAGCCUUGAUGCGGCUUAACCAGCGUGCGGUAAACGCAAAUGCUGGGGUGGAUGUGUUAGACACUGCCAUUCUGUUAGCACUCGGAGAGGGGGACAAGGUCAUUGGCGUGAAUGCAUAUGGCAAGUCGCUCUGGGCAGAGACCAGAAGGAUUGACGUCGAAACGGUCGACGGCACAAAUCGGUCUUACUUUCUCAAGACGCUGAGCGUGCCAGACGCAGCAGAGCGAGUCUAUGGUGAAUACGAGGCCAUGUCUGCCGUCUGGAAGACCAUGUCUAGCAUUGCGCCAAAGCCUCGCGGCUUCGGCCCUUGCGAUGGACAAAAGUCUACUUACUUCUUCGUCUGUGACUAUCUGAACCUGACGCACGAACUCCCGGAUCCCGUCGACCUCAGGAAGAAGCUGUCUGAAUUCCACCUCAGCAGCGAGUCGCCGACUGGUCAGUUCGGAUUCUAUUGCACGACCUUCGACGGCAAGAAUCCUCUCAAUACUACUUGGGACCUCAGUUGGACGUCUUACUUCAGACGCCUCAUGGAGGACAUAUACAAGAUCGAAAAGGCCGCGAAUGGCUGUUGGAAGGAGUUCGACGACGUGAUCCAAAUCACGCUUGACAGACUCAUUCCGCGGCUGUUGGAUGCUCUCGUCGCAGACGGCCGGACCAUCAAGCCAACCUUGAUUCACGGUGAUCUCUGGGAGUCCAAUAUCGGCACAGACGAACAGACGGAUGAAAUCUUCAUAUACGAUGCGUGCGCUUAUUAUGCGCACCACGAGAAGGAGGUUGAUGAGAAAUACCGCCGGGAGUACUUCAAACACUACCCGCCAAGCGAGCCACGCGAAGAAGCCGACGACCGAAACCGUCUUUAUGCGGCACAGACAAUGAUUGUUACGUCGUUGGACUUCCCUGAACAGAGGAUGAGGGAGCUCAUCAUGUCCGACCUAAACUAUCUGAUAGACAAGUAUGAGUUGCGUGAUUAG